AAGAAUGGAACUGUCCCAGCUCCUCAAUGAGAUCAGGGCAAACUAUGAAAAGCUCCUCACCAGAAAUCAGAUAGAGACGGUGCUCUCAGCAAGGAUCCAGCUAGAAGAAGAUAUCAGCAAAAAGAUGAACAAAGAUGAAGAGGCUUUAAAGGCGGCUCAAGCGGAACUCAAGGAGGCUCGACGCCAGUGGCACCACUUGCAAGUGGAAAUUGAGUCUCUGCAUGCUGUGGAAAGGGGCCUUGAAAACUCCCUGCACGCUAGCGAGCAGCACUACCAGAUGCAGCUGCAAGACCUCGAAGCCGUGAUCGAUGGGCUGGAGAAGGAGCUGCAGGAAGUCAGGUGUGGCAUCGAGAGGCAACUUCAAGAGCAUGAGAUGCUUCUCAAUACCAAGAUGAGGCUGGAACAGGAAAUCGAAACGUAUCGCCGCCUCCUAGAACAGGAAGAAAUCAGAUAUUAUGGUUGUAUACAAGGUGGGAAAAAAGACCCCAAACCAACCACCAGUAGAGUUGGUUUUCGUUUACCUUCAGCCAUUAUAAAUGAAAUUUCUUUUUCAACAAAACUCCCCCAAAAGUUUGAGAAUGAAAAGGUGGAGACCAUGACCAAGCAGGCAAUAUUAAAUGGAAAUAUCGUGAAGGAGAGCACUGAGGCACACGGCACCAUUCAGACAGAGAAAGUGGACGAAGUUAUUAAAGAAUGGGAAGGUUCCUUCUUUAAAGAUAACCCUCGAUUAAGGAAAAAAUCUGUUUCCCUUCGAUUUGACCUUCAUUUAGCAGCCACAGAUGAGGGGUGCUUACAGACUAAACAGGAUAACCUGCCAGAUAUAGAAGUCAGGCUGAUCAUGAGAAGAUCGUGCAGUAUUCCAUCUAUCAAACCUCCAUCAGCAACUAAUUAAUCCAAAGGUAGAUCUCGACCUGAUUUGACAUUAGAAUGGACAAAGAAGGCCAUGCUGACCUCCCUUCUGUCCCAAAUGUUAGCUAUGAAGUAUGUAUGGGUAAUGUUAUCUCAAUAUGUGACUGUGAUUCUCUUCAGGAAACACACACACACACACACACACACACACACACACACACACACAGUAAAGGAUAAAGUAUCUCUGAAUCUAAUUAUGGAUAUAUUUUUGAAGAGGAGGAGCUUAAAAAUAAAAUCAGAAAUUUAGUACGGUUUCUAUCUUGUUUAUUCUCCAAAUAGUCUUAUUCUUAAUUCUUGGGAAAUUUCAUCAGAGACUGUAAGUAUUCAUCUGGCAUAAUUAAGUAGGUAGUUCCACUCAAUGGGUAAACACUCAAGGAAAAAAAAUUGAACAUGAUAACAUUAUGUUAGAGUCACACUGAGUAAUUCAUCAUUAGGCCAAGACCUAUUAAACCUAAACUGUUCUACUUUAAAAAGCCAAAGGCAGUUACAAACUAAUUUUUUAAGGGAAGGCUCACUGUUCUCUU